ACAAGGACGAGAAUCUCUUCCUGUUUUUAGCCCUCAAAGCACUCGUGGAUAGCAUCGUUGUGUUUCUGUGUCAGAAAGAGUAAUGUAUAUUCUCAGACACUGUAAGAGACUGCUGACACCAGUCUUUGAAAGCAGAGUUUUACUUCAACAGGCUGGUGUUUCUAGAAGCGUCUGUUCCGUCUCCAAAGCUUGUUCACCUUUUGUGUCCUCAUGUCAGCACCGGCUACACGCAUGCAGCAGCCACUUAGACACAAACAGACUUUACUCAGUGUGCAAUGAAGGCAGUGAUUCACAGAGCAGCGCUGGACUGUUUCAAGAGGACUCACACCAGAUGGACAGUCAGAGAUCCUCGGAGACAUUCUCUCUUGAUGUGCUCGUGUCUCUACUACGUCAGGAAAAUGCAGUGGACAUCUGUGUGAUUAAAGUGCCAGAGCAGAUCAAAUACACUGAGUACUUCAUUGUUGUCAGCGGUGUAUCAGUGAGACACCUCCGUGCAAUGGCACUUUAUGCCGUCAAAGUGUACAAGUUUCUGAAGAAAGCUGGAGAACCGAACGUCAAGAUUGAAGGGAAGGAUGCAGAGGACUGGAUGUGUAUUGACUUUGGGAAUAUGGUUGUUCAUUUCAUGCUACCAGAGACCAGAGACAUUUAUGAACUGGAGAAACUCUGGACUCUCCGCACCUAUGAUGAGCAGCUGAAGAACAUCCCUGCUGAGAUACUACCAGAGGACUUCAUAUAUAAUGCUGAAGAUACAAAGUGAAACCAUAAGACAAAUCAUAAGUUGUCCACGGACAUCAUAUUGAUAAAUUGUAUAUGCCUUCAUAGUUGACCUUUUUUUUAGAGGGUAUCGGAUGGCAUUUGUAAAAUAACCAUUUAUGUUUGGAUGAUUUUUGAGUCUGCUGCAGUAAAUAUGUAUGUUUUAACAUUCUGAUGGUUAAAAAUAAAUUAUUUUAUUAUCAUUCUA